AUGCCUCCAGCUAAUUGGGUGCCCUGCUGCGGGGACCAUGCCGUCCCCAGCUGCCAGCUCCGGUGUUCUUCCGAACCUGGAGCCGCCGUUCGAGGCUGCGAGGAGGUUCGGCACAGGACCGGGCUGGGCGUUUGGUCUGGAUGGAGGUUCGGUGGCCCAACCCGAAGGAAAGUGUGUGGGAGGACGGAGAAGAAAGAAGAAGGGAAGGGUGGGGCAGUAGGGGAAGGCAGGGCGAGGGACAGGGAGAUUGUUGGAGAGAUCGGUGGGGUUGGAGCGGAAGGGGACGAUGCCGAAACAGAGGAGUUCAGAGGGGUGGCGGGAUCUCGUGCUGCGUUUGGUGGUAGUGCUGGUGCUGGUGGUGAGGUGGGUGCUGAUGCUGCUGCUGGUGCUGCUGGUGGUGGUAAGGGGAGUGUGGCAGCACAGUUGGGGAGGCUGCAAGGGGUGCAUUGUUGGGAGAAGCAGCAGCAUCAAUGGCAGGGGCAAGGGAUCGGCCGCAGCAAUGCCGACAGCUGCACAAGUGGUGGCACAAGUGGCAGCAGAAGCAGCUGGGAGAGAGGGGAUGUGGGAGGUGCUGGGUCAAGUGGUGGCCCUGUUGCUGCUUAA